AUGUUGAUGCAGAGGACCUGUUCCAUGCUUUACGAGAUCAGUUUAAAGCAAGCAAUCAUGUUGACUUCCACGGAACCUACCCCAUUGAGGAAGAUGAUCUUAUUACACCAAAAGAACGCACACAUAUGCUUGCCAAGGAGCUGUGGAAGACCACCGGAUACCAAUUUACAUGAGUGGCCACAUCUGAGCAUCAGAUUAAAGAAGACUUACCAGUUUGGUAGUGUCCAUGAUAACCAUCCAUUGAAGACAGGUCAUACUAUGCAGUUUUGGUGUAGCCAAGAUGAAGCCCGGAAGAAAGCACCUAAGCUGUCAGAGAAACCUGAUGCAAAGCACCUCAGAUGCAAACAUAGCAAGGAUGGUGGCCAAGACAUCUUCAUCCGGCUUCAACACCAUGUCAGCCAUGUGUCAUAUAGUGAUGUCCGAAUGCCUCCCAAGGCACUCCAGAUCAUCUGUGAACAGGCUGAAUGGUUGACACCUAGUGCAAUGGCUGCAAAGAUUCAGACUGCAUAUCCCCAUGUUACGACAAACCAGAUACAUUCAGCAUGGAGGGAGUUUAGCGAGACUCAAUGGCGAUGCGAGGAUGCUCAAUUGCCUUCCGCCAAGACACUCCUAGCUGAAUUUGGUGAGGAUGUAGAUAUCUUUGAACCUGCUGGUGUCCCCGAGGAUGUUGAAAUACUUGCAUGGGGCAUGAAGCGGAUAGCGGAACCUUUGAGAGGGAAGGUGGUCAAAAUCAGAAUUACUGACUUUCAGUUGAAGUUUCAGUGUAGGUUACAUGGUAUAGAUUUGUAUUUGUUAUAUUGCAUCGUAUUUCCAGCAUUUCAAUCCAUUCAUCACUGCUCUGUUUGUUUAUAUUCGUUCACAUGUGAAUUGCACAUUUCGUCACUGUAG